AGAGAUUGGGGACUCAUGGAGAGAUUUCUCAUGAAUGGAUUCCAGCCACAGCAGCUGUCCACAUAUGCUCUGACUCUGUACAAGCACACAGCCACCGUGGAUGGCAAGACCAUUCUUGUGGACUUUUGGGACACAGCAGGCCAGGAGCGCUUCCAGAGCAUGCAUGCCUCCUACUACCACAAGGCCCACGCCUGCAUCAUGGUGUUUGAUGUGCAGAGGAAGGUCACCUAUAAAAACCUGAGUACCUGGUAUGCAGAGCUUCGGGAAUUCAGGCCAGAGAUCCCAUGCAUCGUGGUAGCCAACAAAAUUGAUGCGGAUAUAAAUGCGACCCAAAAAAGCUUCAAUUUUGCCAGGAAGUUCUCUCUGCCCCUGUACUUUGUCUCAGCUGCUGAUGGUACCAAUGUCGUGAAGCUCUUCAAUGAUGCAAUUCGAUUAGCUGUAUCCUACAAACAGAAUUCCCAGGACUUCAUGGACGAGGUUUUGCAGGAGCUUGAGAACUUCAAGUUGGAGCAGAAAGAGGAGGAUGCACCCGACCAAGACCAGAGUAGCAGGAUCGAACGCCCAUCCCCCUCCUGAUCAGAGGGCUGCCUCUCAUGGCUGACUUGGGGAUGUAUGGGGGAGCCUUUGGGAAUACCCCUCCAGCUCUGAAUGGAAAAUCUCCUGGCCACCCCUGCUCAGCCUCCCAUAAACUCGCCCUAUAAUAUAGGAUGAGAUUAGCAAUAGCAUCCUGGACAGGUAUGUGGUCCCCCAGAGCUGCUGGCAACAGAAUUAGGGAUUGGUGUCUUUCAUACCUCCCAUCCCACCCUGAGCUGGCCAGUGGAAGGAACCAGAAAACAUAAUUGGGUGUCUCUUCACAGUAAACACACAUUUAGGUGGUUCUUGUUUUUUGUUUUUUCUUCCCCAGAUUGACCUCAGGGAAUGUACCUUGCAUUUCUUACAAGAGAAUGAUUGCUAUUCCCUGAUUACCCCAGGCCCCCACUGCAGAAUGUGUAAGGCCUUGUCCUUUUUCCCCUGUAGUCUCCUCAGUCAACUUUUUUAAAGAUGUGUUUGAACAGACAGCUAUUCAUUCCAAGUUUUUGAGCACCUAAAAAUUUCAGGAGCUCUUGUAGGUCAGGCCAAAAUCACAGGAACAGGUUUGCCAUUAAAAUUAAAUAAUAGCAGGUAACAAGUCUAGCCAUACUUGGUCAUAUAAAUACACAAAGGAAAGUAAACAGUACUGGCUGUAAACAGCCAGACCAUGAGAAUACCUAUUUUGAUUAUAAGAAAGCAACUUUCAGAACUGCUCCCUUUGAAGCCUCUCUAUCAGCUUGGGAGUUAUUCCUUCAUUUCUCUAGGACAAAUGAGAUCUUGUGCCUCCCAGGGGUGGCCGAGGACUGCAGAGGAAGAGCUGUUCAGCUGCCUUUGAGCCAUGCCCGUGUCCAAGGCUUGCUAGUGUGCUUUUAGGAUCAUCUUGGGCAUCAUUUGCAUUGGGGUCCUUAAUUUAUUGUCUGUAUUAUUUCUGUGUUUACAUUAAAGAUUGAAUUACAAAA